GCAGACAAGAAUUCGAGGAGAAUGAAGAAAAAGUCUUGAGAGAAAUGAAGGGUAACGGCGGACCACCAAAAGAAGACUCUCUCACAGUACAAAUGAAGAACAACGGUGGUCUAUUGACCAAAAAAUACUCCAAGCCACUCAUAUUACGACACGAGUCUUUACCCGCUGCGGCCGGCUUGAGUGCAAUGCGAGCAGCGGUUCAAACUGAGACAAAGAGUGUGCAGGCCGGUCCUUCGAUUGUAACUGGUCAAAUCCAAGUUCAUGUUGAUGAAGAGUGAGUUGGCUUGUGCUUUAGUGUACAUAACUUAGAAAGCGGAUGACGUUGUUAGAAAUAUUAUCAGAGGGGUGGUAUCAGAGAGGUCAUGCGCGAGACGUGAACCAGCAAAUCCCAUGACUUGUGCAUAUGCGCUAGCAUAGAGUGCAGAAUAUAUACGAGGUGAUAUAAUAGGAUGUUGCUUGAGCUUAAAUUUGAGAUCGGUUUCGACGAUAUAAACGAGAUAAAAACCGCAAAUGGUCGGAGCGUUCUGC